UUUUUUUUUUCUCAAUGUCAGGAACAGAACAACGAGCACCAGCAGCCCCUGAAUUUGCAUAUAAUGAGAAUCAGACUCUGUCAAGUCAUGAUAAGGAAUUAUUCGAGCAACAAUGUGACCAGCUGCCUGCGGAUACACUUAAAAUGGUACAGCUUCCAACAAUGCUGUCAGGCCCACCUGACGCGUCUUAUUCCAUGGAUCAAUUCGGUCCACUGCAUGCAUACAGAACACAAUUGCCUGAGAAUCAGAUGCCAGCUGGAAUUCAGCCAUUGAUCCAGGAACAAUUGGAUCCAGCUGCAGAAAAAGAACUGAAAAGGCUUCAGAGGAAAAGAGCAUCUGAUCGAGCAUACCGCCAAAAGAAAAAGGAUGAGGAACAGGAACUUAAGAAUAAAUGUCAGGAACUUGAGAAUGCAAAUCAGGUAAUGGAUCAGCUACUGAAGACAUAUGCAGCUCAAAUGGAGGAUAAAUUGCAGAAGGAGCAACAGUACCUGGAGAAAAUUGCCAAAGUUGAGGCUGAAAAAGAACUUGCGGAGAAAAAAUGUCUUCUGUUGACUGAAAAAGAGAGUCAGCUGCAUCAAAAAGUGAAGGCCAUGAAGAAAAAAUAUAAAAACUUGGGAAAACAAUGCAUUGAGAAACCAAAGAAGAAACUGAAGAAACACGUCAUGAUGUCAGUCAGCAGAAGACAGUUUUUCUCCGCAAGUUCUUCUUCUUUCCCUUCAACUUCAUUGAUCCAAACAAAAUGUAAAAUUGAGGAAAAUCCUAAACGAGAUUCCUGUUUCCUAUUUCCCCGAACGAAACAAAGUUUCAACCCAUAUUUCAAUCCUCCGGCGUCACAUAAAUCGGCACAAUCAUGGCUGACGAAGCUCUUACUGAACUCAAGGACGACGUGGGAGAGGUAAUACCACUCUUCACAUCUUACUGGAUUCAAAUCAAAUAGGUUCUAAAUUUGAAUUAGGUUCUACUACUCUUUAUUGUAAUUCUUUUUUU